CAGCGCUGGGGCCCGGCCCGGGCCCAGCGGUCGCGGAGCCCGCGGGCCUCAGGCCCGAGCCCCGGGGCGGCGGCGCGGGGCGGCGGCGGCCGCAGCGCUGCACGGGCGGCUGCGCGGGAGAUGCCGAAGCUGCGCGGGGAGGCCUUCUGGAGGGAGACGCUGCGGAGCGCCCAUUACGUGGUGGCGCCCAUGGUGGACCAGAGCGAGCUGGCCUGGAGGCUGCUGAGCCGCCGCCACGGCGCCCAGCUCUGCUACACGCCGAUGCUGCACGCCCAGGUCUUCCUCAGGGACGCCAACUACCGUCGCGAGAACCUCUACGGCGAGGCCUGUCCCGAGGACCGCCCGCUCAUCGUACAGUUCUGUGCCAAUGAUCCUGAAGUGUUUGUUCAAGCAGCGCUGUUGGCUCAGGAUUACUGCGAUGCCAUAGACCUAAAUUUGGGUUGCCCCCAAAUGAUUGCAAAGAGAGGUCACUAUGGAGCAUUUCUACAAGAAGAGUGGGAUCUUCUUCAGAGAAUGAUUUUACUGGCUAACGAGAAGCUCUCUGUUCCCAUCACAUGCAAAAUCCGCAUUUUCCCAGACAUUGACAAGACAGUGAAGUAUGCACAGAUGCUGGAGAAAGCUGGCUGCCAGCUGCUGACUGUGCAUGGCCGUACCAAGGAACAGAAAGGACCACUUGCUGGCGUGGCAUCUUGGGAGCACAUUCAAGCUGUCAGAAAAGCUGUAAACAUUCCUGUAUUCGCAAAUGGAAACAUCCAGUGUCUCAGUGAUGUGGAAGAAUGUAUCCGUAAGACAGGAGUACAUGGCGUCAUGACUGCAGAAGGUAAUCUUCAUAAUCCAGCUUUGUUUGAAGGCCGAAACCCCUUGGUGUGGGAGAUGGCUGAGGAGUAUCUGGAGAUAGUGCAGAAGUACCCUUGUCCAUUGUCUUAUGUUAGGGCUCAUCUCUUCAAGCUCUGGCAUCACACGCUUCAAGUUUACCAGCAGCUGCGUGAAGAAUUAGCAAAAGUGAAGACGCUAGAGGGGAUUGUAGAUGUCAACAGAGAGCUGAAACUGCGAUGCCAGGAAGAAAUAGCUAAUCAGAAAGAAGGAGAAAAGCCAAAAGAAGGGUUGCCUUUUUUCCACUGGAUCUGUCAGCCAUACAUCAGGCCAGGGCCAAAGGAGAGGUGCAAGGAGAAUGGAGCCAGUGGAACUGAAAAAGGUGUGCGAGGGAAGCGAACUCUGGAAGAGGAGGAAGAUGGAAAUUCUGAGCUUCUGUCAAAGAAUAAACAAAAAAAGAAGUUAAGAAAUCCAAAUAAAAGUUUUGAUCCGUCUUUAAAACCCAAAUAUGCAAAAUGUGAUCAAUGUGGAAACCCUAAGGGCAAUAAAUGUGUGUUUAACAUGUGCCGAGGAUGCUGUAAGAAAAAAGCAUUCAAGGAGACAGCAGACUGUCCAGGUCAUGGAUUACUUUUUAAAACCAAGUAUGAAAAAUCCCUUUCAUGGCAGCACAGUCAAAGAGGAAUUCAAAGCCCAGAGAUGAGUCAGAGAGGAGCAGCAGAGGUGGGGGAGGCUGUGGUGCUGAAAGAGGAUGGUGACAGUGCAGUGUGAAGCUUUGGAAAGGAACAGUCCAAGAGCUCCUGCCAGGCCGCUGCUUCCCUGGGCCAAAGAACCAUCAGCUGUGUGAACUUGUUCCACAUGAUUCAGUUUUGGAAAAGUUUUAUUUAAGUAAAAAACUGCUUACUCAGGGAAUUAUCCUGCAUUUGAAAUAAAAAAGGAUGCAAUUAAAGGUCUCAUGCUGUGUUUUAAAGACUGAAAAUGCUGCGUUUUUGGGUGGGGGGCAACCUAUAUAAGCUGCUCUAACACUCUGCCCCUUCUGUGUUCAUUAACUCUUCAUGCCCUGUUUUUAAUAUUGGGAAAUAAAUUUAUUUUAGUAGAACAGACUUCUGGCAUACUAAAAAUAACAUCAGUGACUUCCUCACUAACAGAAAAUGUGUCACA